AAGCAGGCUUAGUUUGUUUACACUUAUAACCCUGGGGUUUUCCUAAUCUCAUACAUACAUCUCUUUCUCUAUACCUUAUCGCGCAGAUUUUCAUCUAAAAUCCUACCGUCGCUCCGCUCACUCGAUCUCCGGUAAGAUAUUGCAAUGGGAAAGAAAAAAUCAGACGAAAGCGGAGCAAAUGCAAAGGCUAAAACAAACAGUAAAGAUGCCCCAAAAGAUGCAAAGAAGAUCUCCGUCUCAGCAAUGCUUGCCAGCAUGGACCAGAAACCAGAUAAAACCAAAAAAGCAUCAUCAAGCUCAACUGCGGGCAAAUCAAAGCCAAAAGCAGCUCCAAAGGUGUCUUCUUAUGUUGAUGGAUUAGAUCUACCUCCCUCCGAUGAAGAAGAUGAUGAUAUUGCUUCUGAAGAAGAGAUUGAAACAAGUGAUGCCAAUAAGCAGACAGUUCGGCACCAGAAGACCGAAGAAAAACCUCUUCAAAUCUCUGUAACUGAGAAGGAGUUGAAGAAAAGGGAGAAGAAAGAAAUGAUUACUGCCCAAGCUGCUGAGUAUGCCAAAAAAGUUGCACUUAAGGAUGAUCGUGAUGCUUUUACUGUUGUUAUUGGCAGUAGGGCAGCUGUUCUCGAGGGUCAAGAUGAUGCUGAUGCAAAUGUUAAAGAUAUAACUAUAGAAAAUUUUUCUGUUUCAGCUCGAGGGAAAGAACUUUUGAAGAACACAUCAGUAAAGAUAUCUCAUGGGCAAAGGUACGGGUUGGUUGGACCCAAUGGAAUGGGUAAAUCUACCUUAUUAAAGCUUCUUGCAUGGAGGAAGAUUCCUGUACCAAAAAAUAUUGAUGUGCUAUUGGUUGAGCAAGAGGUAGUUGGUGAUGACAGAAGUGCAGUUGAUGCUGUCGUUUCAGCAAACGAAGAACUCAUCCAGAUCCGUGAAGAAGUUGCUACUCUGAUGAAGUCAUCUUCUGCUGCUGGUGAUGAUGAAGAUGCUGAUGGUACCGCUAGCCUUGAUGCAGCGGAAAAGCUUACUGAGCUGUAUGAGAAGUUGCAGAUCAUGGGAUCAGAUGCUGCUGAGGCUCAAGCAGCAAAGAUUCUCGCUGGGUUGGGCUUCACCAAAGAAAUGCAAGGUCGUCCUACUCGUUCAUUCAGUGGAGGUUGGAGAAUGAGAAUUUCACUAGCUAGGGCCCUUUUUGUGCAACCAACUUUAUUAUUGUUGGAUGAACCCACCAACCAUCUUGAUCUGAGGGCUGUUCUUUGGUUAGAAGAGUAUUUAUGUCGAUGGAAGAAAACACUUGUAGUUGUGUCACAUGAUCGAGAUUUCCUUAAUACAGUUUGCAAUGAGAUCAUUCAUCUACAUGAUUUGAAACUCCACUUGUACCGUGGUAACUUUGACGAUUUUGAGACUGGAUAUGAGCAGCGACGCAAAGAAGCAAACAAGAAGUUUGAAAAUCAUGAAAAGCAGGUUAAAGCUGCCAAGAGGACCGGGAGCCGGGUUGCUCAGGAGAAGGUAAAAAAUCGAGCCAAGCUUACUGCUGCCAAGGAAGCUUCGAAGAAUAAAUCAAAAGGUAAAGUUGAUGACGAUGAGCCGCUACCAGAUGCCCCGAGAAAGUGGAGGGACUACACUGUUGAGUUUCACUUUCCUGAACCAACUGAGUUGACACCACCUCUUAUGCAGCUAAUUGAAGUCAGCUUUAGUUAUCCCAACAGGGAUGACUUCAGACUCUCUAAUGUAGAUGUUGGUAUUGAUAUGGGGACACGUGUUGCUAUUGUUGGACCUAAUGGGGCUGGGAAAUCUACUUUGCUUAAUCUUCUUGCAGGGGAUUUGGUUCCAAGUGAGGGUGAAAUGCGAAGGAGUCAAAAGUUAAGAGUUGGGAGAUAUUCACAGCACUUUGUGGAUCUAUUGACAAUGGAGGAAACUCCUGUUCAGUAUCUUCUUCGUCUUCAUCCAGAUCAAGAAGGAUUUAGUAAACAAGAGGCUGUACGUGCAAAGCUUGGGAAAUAUGGACUUCCUAGUCAUAAUCACCUCAGCCCAAUCGCAAAAUUAUCUGGAGGACAAAAGGCUCGGGUAGUCUUCACAUCAAUUUCUAUGUCAAAGCCACAUAUACUGUUACUGGAUGAGCCCACAAAUCAUUUAGAUAUGCAGAGUAUCGAUGCAUUGGCUGAUGCACUUGAUGAAUUUACAGGCGGAGUUGUCCUUGUCAGCCAUGAUUCUAGAUUAAUAUCUCGUGUUUGUGGUGAUGAAGAGAAGAGUGAGAUAUGGGUGGUUGAGAAUGGAACUGUGGAGAAAUUCCCUGGUACCUUUGAUGAGUACAAAGAGGAGCUGCAACAGGAAAUUCGAGCAGAGGUUGAUGACUGAUGCAGCCUGUGAACAAUGUACCUAUUUUUUUCAGUGGCAUUAGGUACUUGUUUCGGCUUCUUGAUGAGCUUUUUCACUGUUGCAGAUGUUAUAUAAGAAUUUAUAUUUGUGUUUUUCAGAAUUUUAUUAAUUAACCCACUUGUUUUGCGGGAUUAAAGGCGUAAGUUUAUCUGUUUAGUGUGAACACAAUAGUUUUUUCAGCAUUUAAGUUUAGUCUGUCUGAUGUUUACUUGAUUACCUCCUGUAGGCCUGUGCCUCACAAAGAUAAUACUAUAUGCAAACAUAUGGAUUCAUAUAUCCUUUUCUUGGAA